AUGUCGGAUUCAGGAUCAGAGCCAGUCGAGAGCAUCGCAAAAGCUCUGUUUGGAGAGGUUCCCACAAUUGUCAAUACGCAGGCGGCAGACCGCCAGAAAAAGCCUGCAAAGAGUAAGUCUGGCAGACCUCGGAAGACCAGAAAUACUUCGUCCCGGUCACCAACGCCUCCACCACCUGUAUGGGGCUCACAAUACAGGCCUUCGAGUGUGAAAGAAAAGAAAUAUACUGCCGAAAUCCCCAUGUGGGACUCUCCAAUGACGAGGUCAUCCUUUGGACCGCAGCCUCUCAAACACAGUAGCAAGAGCAAUACACCCUCUCCCAUAAUACAAGUCAAGGAAGAUGAGGAAGACCUUUCCAUCCUCGAUAUCAAACCUGAGCCUGAUGUGCCCCCGCAUGUUGACACGAUGGCUGAUCUUGUCUACACGAAGACUGGGUCAGUGCGACUUACAGACCAGAACGUGGAGCUUCGCAAGGUGGUCCAACAUGGUAUCCUCGAAGUCAAAGCAUACAUUGUCUUCACUCACGGGUACCUCAAAAUUGUGGCCAAGAACUCAUAUGCGCGGGAAAUCUUACUUCAGGCUGUGAAACACCACGAGACAGUGCCAAUUGAGAAACGGAUAUUGAUGCUCGUGCUAGCCUCUUCCACACUGAAAUCAAGGACGUCGCCUAUAAAUAUACCCCAGGCUACUUUCGACUCGGCCGUAACUACAUUUGAUACUGAGGGUCUUCCUUCUCCAAAACGACAGAAGCCAUAUCAAGGGCAGCCCAUAGUCGACACUCUAUACGAGACAUUCUUCAAAAACUCGAAGUCAGUUGGUUUGCAGUUUGCUCAGCGCUUUCUUGACAUUGCGGAGAACAAAACUGGUCAACCAGAAAUCCCUAUCCCCAUGUUGGCCAUGGUCAGCACAGCUAUCCACGCUGUUCUCAUUGCAAAGAAGAACAAGGCAGGUGAAGAUUUUAAGUUCACUGGUAACCAAUUCUGUGAUAUCUAUACAUACCACGUGGCAUUGUUGGAGAGAAUCCGAAGGAUGGCUCCUGUCAAAUUUCAUAAAAUGAUGGCCGAUAUUUACGAGGAGGUCCAGCAUUUCUGUCGUGACGCAAUUGGAGUCUAUGGCACUGAUACCGAUCUAGCAUUCUUGGACCUUGAGGGAAUGGAUGACGAGUAG